CAUUCAGACCAAAUUAUGUCAUAAAUUCAUUUUCCAAGGAUUAACAAAUAACAAUGACAUGCAUGUAACCAAAGCAGAAUCUCACUCUCCUUUUUACGAUUUGAUCGUGGACAAAAACAAAUAUGGUCCACAACCAAAAAUUCUGAAGGCCCCGGCAUUUAAUCAGAAAACAUGUGCCCCAACAACUACAAUAAUUGAGAAAGUUACUCUGUAAACACGCCCAUGCAAAAGCUUACAAAUUUGCCAGAGAAGAACUCCAGGUCUACGCGCAAUAAUUAUUAACGCUCCGUUCUUUAUAACCAAUUAUAGUAGCCUAGGUAAGAUUACCAGUUCCUCGCUGCAAAAAACUUUCCAUAAAAAAAAAAAAACAUCUUGUUCUCAACACUGAAUCCAAGGCAACACCAAUGGCCGACCCUGUUAUCGGUGCCACAAUUCAGGUCACAUUGGAAACGGCACUGUCUCUUGCCUCUGAUAGGAUUGGUAUGUUAGUUGGGUUCAAGAAGGAUCUGGCCAGCAUGACUCGAUCUCUUCGGUUUAUCAAUGCUCGCUUGUCUGAUGCUGAGGAAAAGCAACAAAACCAGGACCGGGUAGUGCAUGAAUGGUUGAAGUGUCUCGAGGAGGUGGCUUAUGAUGCUCAGAAUGUGUUGGAUGAGCUCCACUAUGAAUCUCUUCGUCACCAGGUGGAGUCCCGAAACCGACACAAGCUCAAGUUGAAGGAGAUAAAUCAACAAGCCCGUGAUUUUGGACUGGAAGUAAGUCAGUCGUGCCUGCUGCCCUCCCUGCUGCUCCUGCUGUUGGAGGCACGAGAGGUCGGCAGACCGACUCUGUUGUUGCUCCAAUGGUUGGAAGAGCCGAUGAUGAAAUCAGAGAUAGUGAAGAUUUUGUUGAGCCUGUCUGAGAAGGUUGUUUCUGUUCUUCCCAAAGUUGGUAUGGGAGGUUUAGGCAAAACAACUUUGGCUAAAUCCAUAUACAACAACAAGCAAAUUGAUGAACACUUUGACAUAAAGAUUUGGGUUUGUGUAUCGAAAAAAGUUCCAAUAGAGGAGCUUUUCAAACUCAUAUUAGUGCAUUUGACGAAAGAAAAGGUUGAAGUGGAUCUUAGGGACGUCAUCGUUGAAAAAAUUGGGAACAACCCAGGGGGAAAAAGAUAUCUCCUAGUCCUUGAUGAUGUGUGGAAUGAUGAUCAAGCAUUGUGGGAGGACUUUUUCAACACCUUGAAGGGGCUCAAUCCAACCAAUGGAAGCUGGUGUUUGGUCACUACUCGUCCAGGUCCAGUGGCGCAGUGUGUGUCUAGAGUUUUCAUGAUGGAAAAUGAAGCCUAUCGAUUAGGAAAACUACCUGAUGCGACUGCGAGGUGA